AUGGAGACACUUUUUUACGGCCGAAUUGCCCUACAAAGCCGUCGCCUUCCACUUGCGCUUUGGGGAAGAAGUGUUCCUCGUGCGAGAGCGGAUGCCAGUUGUUGUGUUGCGACAUGGAGUCCAUUGGCCACAGCUUUCAAUUCACCACAUCCAAGAGAAGAUCGCUAUUUAAGACCCACUGGUCUUUUUGGGAAGCCAGAGCUAACUAACACAUCGGGAUUUACUGAGCUGAAAAAUAAGGCUUUAUUUGAAGGAGGCAAAAUUGUCAAUAAUGUCCUCCAAUCUCCCCCCACCCCUCGGUUAGUGGGGCUGUUUGACAAGCUGUCAGACACUUUGUGUGCAGCUGCCGAUUUGGCUGAGUUUGUAAGAUUAACACAUCCUGAUCAUCGCUUCCGAAACGCUGCUGAAGAUACUUCAAGGGGAAUCAGUAGCUAUGUAGAGGAGCUCAAUACGCACCCAGGCUUGUAUCAAGCCCUGGGAAAAAUGCUUUCUAAUGAAGACAAGCAACAGAUGGAUGAAGAAACCAAGAGAGUUGCAGAGUUGUUUUUGUUUGACUUUGAACAAAGUGGGAUUCACUUGGAUGAGGAGAAACGUAGGUUUUUUGUUGAACUCCAGGAAGCAAUCUUAGUGAUUGGUGCACAAUUUUCUCAAACUGCAUCAAUGCCUGUUCAAGUACCACUGGCUGAUCUUCCAAUGGCAGAUAAACUAACUGGUAUUUAUCCAGUCAGUGAUGGCCAUGUAAUCAUUGAAUCUGCGUAUUUGGAUUCAAACAAUGAAAAGUUGCGUGAGCUGGUUUAUCUCUCCUGUUUGAAGCCUGUAAAGACCCAGCUCAACACUCUUGACAUGCUUCUGAGUGCGCGGCAUCAACUUGCUCGACUGGUUAACUUCCCAAGUUUUACCCAUCGUGCCCUUACAGGAACAAUGGCAAAAACACCAGAAAAUGUUAUGGAUUUUCUAAAACUUACCGCUAACAUGCUUCGUAAACCAGCGAAGAAGGAAUUGGACAUUUUAACUGGACUGAAAAAACACACAUCAAAAGCUUCUAAUACAGAGCCAAUUAUGCCCUGGGAUCUUCACUAUUAUUCUAGUAUGGCAAAGUAUCAGUCUGCAAAACUCAAUAGCUCAUCUAUAUCAGCAUAUUUUCCACUGGGUGCCUGUAUGGAGGGCCUAAACCUUCUGUUUAAGAGUCUGUUUGGGAUCUCCUUAGAAACCCAAGACCCAGCAGAGGGAGAGUUAUGGUCCCCUUAUGUCCAAAAACUGGGUGUGGUUCAUGAAGCGGAGGGUUUGCUGGGUUACAUCUAUUGUGACUUCUUUAAUAGAGAAGAGAAGCUGCAGCAGGAUUCACAUUUUACAAUCAGAGGUGAAUAGUGUGGCUAAGGGCAUUAAGGUUAAUCUGCAGUCAUUACAGGGCAGUAGAAAUGUUAUUGUAAUUCUCUGCAAAAUGUACUCUCUGUAAGUUGCCCCAUUUUUGGAUUCUGGAUUCCAAGCACUGGAUUCCAGACUCCUUGUUGGUGGAACUUCGAUUAUAGCCUCCUAUGUAGACAUUCUUAGGGCUUUUUUAAGGAUUGAGACCUUUAAAAACCAUAAUUAUCCCACCAGGCGGCACAUACCCAUCUAGCUCAGAUUUUAUUAAUUUUGUGGGAGUGUCUCCCUGGUUAUGGUCCUUUCUUAGUUUUUUUAAAUGAAUUUUUAAAUGAAGAUAUGAUCGUCACAGUGGUAAUUGCAAUUUAAGCAAUUGCAAAUAAAGCCGAAAAAAAGAAUUUUGGUACUUCAAUGGGAUUUGAACCCAUGGCCUCUGCAUUAGCACUGCAGUGAUCUUUUCAGCUAUGAAGACCUAUACAUUGGGAGCAGCCUAUACAUUGGAGUUCAUCUUAACCCAUAAAAGGAAUGAAACAUGAAGAUGAUGUUAACUGCGGAAAGACAAAUUUUAAAUGAAGAUAAAAUUAUGAUCCUUUCAGUGGUUAUCGCUAUUUAAGCAAUACGUAACUAGACCCGAUUAGAAAUAAUUCCACAGGGUGAAGCCACAAUUUAAAGCCUAGAAUUUGCUAUUAAUCUUUCUUUAAGGGGGUCGUUUACUUGAAGAUGGAACCUACCAGCUGCCAGUUGUUGUCCUGGUCUGCAAUUUUCCAUUACCUGGUCCCUCAUCCCCUUCCCUCCUCACCCACAACAUGGUGGAAAAUCUGUUUCAUGAGAUGGGGCAUGCAAUGCAUUCUAUGCUUGCUCGAACUCAGUACCAACAUGUCACAGGCACCAGAUGUUCAACAGACUUUGCUGAAGUCCCAUCAGUGCUUAUGGAGUUCUUUGCAUGGGAUCCUAGGGUGCUAACUGCGUUUGCAAAGCAUUACAAAACAGGGCAGAGCCUGCCCGAUGAAGUAGCUGUUCGUCUUUGUCAGGGGAGGUCCAUGUUUGGUGCGCUGGAGAUGCAACGACAAGUUCUCUAUGCGAUGAUUGAUCAGAUAUAUCAUGGAACACAUCCACUAACUGGUUCAACGACAGACAUCCUUGCUCAAGUACAGGAAGAAUAUACAGUGAUCCCACACGCACCAGGUAUGUUUUGGAUCAAUUUAGGUAAACUUCUGGGGAACUUCCCACCUACCCCUCCCUUUAAGUCAAAAUUACACUUACUUCUCACUUGGGGCAAAAUGUUGGGUUAGGGGCGGGGUAGGUGGUGGGCAGUUUCCUAGAAACCAAAAUUGCUCCCAUGUUUUUACCCCUUUAAGAGAGUCUCAAUGGAGUUAACCGUCAGCCGUCAAACGGCCUAAAAUUUAACCGUCAACCGUCCAAAAAGGUUAUUUUUUACCGCAACCCGUCAAAACGUAGAUUAAUAUUGACCAUCCAAAAGUUUUAAGGUAUCUCAAAUUUCACUAUUUCAGCUGAUCUUCACACGGACUUUGGGCUCCUGAAGAAUCUCUAAACUGGAAAACUCAGUUCCCAUGUUCUGAAAAACACACUCUCUGGACAUAACAAGACCUUAUAACUUGCUUGUGUCUGAAAACAUUUCGAAAUUUAAAAGCGAAAGGCCAAGACAACCUCCAAGAUACAAAAGCUAAUUUUGAAGUCAGUAACUGAUUUACUUUAACUCUUGGACUUACUCUCUACUUAAUAAUUUUCAACCGUCAACCGUCAAGCUUAGAAAAAAUUACCCGUCAACCGUCAAAGCUACCACCCCAUUGAGACCCUCAAAAGGGGCUGUUUCACGACUGUCGGGUUCAUUUGGUUAAUAUUUAGCAAUUAGUCGUCCUUAUUCGCAAGUAACCGUUAACCGACUGUUGGCACUGUUGGUCAACAGUCGGCCGACACUUUUCCGUUUAUAUUGAGAAAACUUUCAGCCGACUGUUGGUCGUUUGUCGGCCGACAGUUGGUCGUCUGUUUGCCGACAGUCUACCGACGGACGGCCGACAGAUUUUUGGGGGAGCUGUUCUUUAAUUUUGCCGAUCUGGGUAGAUACACUUCAUCAGUUUGGAAUACGUUAUACGUCAUUUCGUGGGGAAACCACGAACCAGUAGUGGCGCCGCAAAAUGUCGGCUGUUUUCUCAAGUAAGUUUGAUCAAUAACGCCACAUGUUUCUUAUUUUAAUACAGGCACAGCCUGGCAACAGAGAUUUAGCCACCUCAACGGUUAUGGUGCUAAAUACUACUCUUAUUUAUGGUCCAGAGCUGUAGCGUCCCGCAUCUGGCAUCAGUGCUUCGCUAAGAAUCCCUUCUCACGUGAGAUGGGCGAUAGGUACCGUCACACGAUGCUGGCCUAUGGAGGUGGACGAGAGCCUAGGCUGCUAGUUGAGGACAUGUUGGAGAAAAAGUUGACAACUUCUGAUCUGGUGCAGUCUCUUUGGGAGGAUCUCAAAGCAUCAAAUCCUUUUUAUCAAUAA